AAAAAUUACUUUUAUCUGUUCGUUUAGAGAACAGUAUGAUUGGAGAAAAGUGGUCGUCUAAUGAACACUUGGUUUGUUAUUAUAUAAUUGUUGUGACUUAGUUCUCAAUGUUUUAGAUCGUAUAGCGUGAAUUUUGUAGUCUCGCAAGGAGCCGGUUAUUUUAUCUUUAAUUUAAUGUUGAUAAGUGUUUAGAAAAAUAAGUUCAAAAUGGUCGAAGAACAUCAAAGACGAGUCACUGAACAUACUAAUAAAAUAGUAGAGGAAAUAGAUAAAUCAACAAGAAAAAUGAGGGGUGAUGCAUAUAGAUGUGCUGCAAGUUGUUGUGACGACAAUACAUAUAGUAUGAAAAAAGUAGAAAACUGUUUAAAAAAUUGUAAUAAUUCCUGGGAUAAAACCCAGGAAUACAUUAGAGAAGAAAUGGAAAGAGUUCAAAAUCGAUUACAAAGAUGUAUUAAGGAUUGCGAAGAUGAAAUAAGAGAUACAGCACAACCAAAUCUAUCACGGCACGAUAUGGAAGAAUAUAAUGAACAACUUGAAACAACAAUGAAUAAAUGUGUAACAAAGUGUGUAGAUAAUUAUUGUAAAAUAUUGCCUACCUUAGAAAAAAAAAUAAAAAUAUUUUUGUCUGAGUAA